AUGUACAGCGUGGAGGACCUCCUCAUCUCACAUGGAUACAAACUGCCCAAGAGCGGCCCGCCUUCCGCCGCAACCUACGACAAGCGCCCACCUGAGUGUCAGCGUGACCUUGUGGACAACAGGGCGGGCAGGGGCGCCCUGAACGGGUAUGAGUCGGACCGGGGGCCGCCUGUCAGCGGCAUCUACAGCACCAGGCAGGCGCUGGUGAAGGGCUACCCUGGCGCAGAGAGCGAGAGCGGGGAGAGGAACCUCCGGAGGUUAGAGGUCGCCAGCUGCAUCCUGGGUGACGCGCAGCCUUUGGGCGAUUCUCUUGCCACAGACAGCGGGUUCUACGAUGUUCCCAGUUUGACCUAUUCAGAGCCGCUGAGCCAUGAGGACCGGGACAUUUCCUACUGGAGAAGGCGAGGUCAGGACUUCAGCAUUCUCUUGGACUACGCUGACGGCAGGGAGCUGAGGGCCUCUGCUGGCGCCUGGAGGCCACAGGCCCUAAUCACAGCCGAAGAACUGAGGGCAGAGAGGCAAGCGCAGCAGCUAUGGGAGGACAUUUCCUGGCUGCGAGAUCCAGAUGCAGGACCUGGUCAGCUGAGGGUGACUGGGGAGAGGAAGUGCCAAAGCCUGGGUACAGAGGAGUGGCGGCCUGCUGUGGGCCUAGGGAGGCAGCUGUCGGACGGGGAUGGAGAGCGAUGGGCUCAGGACCCGUAUCGCCUGAGGACCCCUGAAGGAUUUUUUCACCCCAGAACUAAAGCCAAAUCUCAGUCUCUUCCCAGAGUUUUGUCGCCUGAGAGAAAUGAAAGCAGAGAACUCAUUCCUUACAGGCCAAGUUUGCCUGAUAGGCAGCAGAGGUUCAACAGCACGCUCUUCUCUGGACCGUACAGUAGGUAUAUUUAUAGUGGUGCUAGUGGCAGGGACCGGUGGGGCAGGAACGCCGGGCCAAGCAGCCAUGUUGCACUUUUACCAAAGCCCAGGUUCAGCAGGCCUUUAAAGCCGCCGUCAUAUGAGAUUCACCAGCAGACUCGGGGUAGCGCAGAGAUACUUGCUAUAGACCAGGGUGCCAAACAGAAAGACAGGCAAAUCUAUUAUCCAAGAGGUGGAGAUCUUAGACACGACUACUACGCACAACACGCUGCCAUCUCUGGAAUGGAACCCCCUGGCUACAUCCCGCCCCCAUCUUACCGACGAGCCCCACCUCCAAGGCCAAUUUCAAUCCACCGCAAUGAAAUGGCAAAUCUGAGAUGGAGGGCAGAGGCUCUGCAGAUGCCCAUGUCAGAUCCUGGAAGGUGGCUUUCUAGACAGUCAGGAGUUUCAUGGCUGGACCAUUACAGGGAUCGUGGUUUGUCCUAUCGAAAACAAGGCUACGAGGAACAGCCGGCUCAUUCUCGUCAACUACCCACCGAAGACCCGAGAGCGAGGCAAAUCUCAGGAGGACCUGGCGGGAAUUCUCUGACUGACUCAGACAAGAUUCGCAGCAUCAACAAAGAAACUCCAUGCGCUAAGAUUUUAGGACAAUCUACAAGUGAUAGUGCCUUUCCUCCCCAACAGGGGCCAGCUGUCAAUACUGACAACCGUAAAGCAUCUGUCAAUGAAAAACCAUCGGACACUGACACUAGUAACCGGCGAAACAGGGGUAUCGGUAAAAAAAGUGACAGCUUAGGUCAGUUUUUUCCUUCAUCUAUUCUAGGUAAACCUCCACCUCCUCCGUGCAAACCGGCUGACCAGGGUGUCUCUGAAACUGUACCAGAAGUUAAAAAGGUGGAACAGCCUGAUCCACCCGAGAAAGACAAAACCAAGAAUUUAAAAAAGAGACUUAGCGAGACCAUAUUUUGUUUAGUGUCUGUGCCUGUUACUCCGCAGCUAAUUGGGCCAUCGCGUGAUCAGAACAACAACAACGAGAAGUCGCCGGACCCCGCCGACAGCCCUAGUGAGAACAAAACCGGCCAUCUAACAAACCAAAGUCUCCAAAGCACAUCGUCAGCCGAGGCUGAGCUGCAGGCUCUUACCGGUAGCAUAGGGAGCAGCAAAGCAAGCAGUCGAGCAAGCAGCAAAAUGUUCAAGAAAAUAUCCUGCCGACCCCCUAAAAUAAACCAUUACAAGGAGCUGAAACUAUCAGGAUCCUGGCCUUCAAACCAGUAUCGAGACCAGGAGACGCAAACUAGUCCAGAGACCCAAAAACCUGACCCUGAAAACAAGGAAGCACAACAAGACCCCGUCCCUCCUGGCCCUGAAGCCCCUCCUGACGGCAGCAGUGUCGUGGGCACUGCCUUCACUUUUCCUAUACAGGGGGUGAAGAGCCUGAAACUUUCCAGUAACAGUGCUUUUUCCCUGACCACCACUUUCUCCAACCAGCUGAACAAGAGCACAGCUCAGCCGGCAGCAGCACCACCCUCAGGAAACACGGAGGAGUCCAAACCAGCAGCAAGCAGCCGAAAAGAAGCUUACGAGCAGUUUCUGCUAAAACCGACCAGCCAGCGGCCGUGGGAUGCUGUCAAAGAGUUGGAGACCAUCAAAAAAGAAGUCCAGGAACAACAACAGCAAAGCAGCAAGCAGCCCAGUGUUGACAAAUGCAUAGAGGACCUUAAUGAGGCCUACAAAGACAUCUUGGAGCUAGGCACGGCCAGCAAUAAAGCCCCAAAUGGUUCUGUUCAAAUCCCUGAACGUAUUAAGAUCCGACUGACAUCGGAACCUCUUAACAAGCCCAGCAGCCUUAGGCGCAGUGCCGUCAGUUGGUCUGUUGACCCUGAGUACAGGGAGGUUAAGAGCGCCUUCUCCAGGCCUGCAACAAAGUCGGUAACCUUCAGCAAGCAGCUCAGAGAAGAGCUCCCUGUCCCACCUCGAGAGACGGGCUUCAGAGAAUACAGGGUUGUCGCACAUCUUUCACGGAGACGCAGCACCGACGGGAGGACAGUGAAGCUGGACCUGCCAGAUGAGCCCAUCGAAACACCUCUUUGUGACUUCAGCCCAACAACAAACACUACAGCAGCCGAAGUGCCGUGGGCAGAUCGGCAGCCCAUGCAGGAUGCUUCCACACUCACGAGUCCUCCCGACUAUGAGGACAUAUGUCAGGCGCUGCGCCAAUCUAGAGACUCAACAGAUGUCAAUAAAGCAUCUGCAGGUAAUUCCAAAUCUGAUCCAGAGGCUUUUCAAGAUCUCGGCGUUGAUUCCGAGGAAGAAUGCCCGAUUUGUAAACGAGAGCUUGAGAAUCAGAUGAGACAGGGUCCGUUACCUCCACUUCACGAGGAGAACAGCUCGGACAGCUCUGGCAAUCAAAGCGGCAGUCCACCACAACGUGCUGCAUUAGAAAGUCCAGCAAGGGAUCCAGAAACACUGGAGCCAAAUGAGUCCAGACGAGAUGAGUCAGAGUCGGGUGAAGGCGCUGAAAAGGAGAUGCAGCCGUCGCUGACUGAGGAAAAUGUGGGAGGGGAUGAUAAACUGGACAGUGUUCAGGCAGAGAACUUGGACAAUUUGUGUAUGAAUAAGCCUGCUGAGAGUGUAGAAGAUAAUGGAACUGCAGAGCAGAAGACAUCAGGGACAUUAGCCACUGAUCCGCCUGCAGACUCCCACAUGAAAGAGGAACAGGAUGUUAGUGAAGCAGUGACUACAGGAGAGGACUUAAGAGAGAGGGAAGGAGGUGCAGGAGAAACAUCUCAAGGUAGUGUAGAUACAGAAGAAGCUGGACAGAGUGAUGAGGGUAAAGAACAAGAAAAUGCAAAGUCUGACAAUGAGGAAAAGCAAGAGACAAAGCCGGCAGUUGUCCCAGAGCACAGACUCGGUCUGUGGACACAGCUGGGACGAGACCACCCAGGGUUACCGGAGUUUCCACCAGAUAGACUGCCACUGUCAGUUCCUCCAAACCCAGACCGCAGGUUGUCUCUUUGCUUGGAGGGGGAGAGGAGGAGCAAGGGCCCCGCCCAGCGCAUUGAGGCUCUGCAGAACAAGCUGGCCAUUUCCCCAGGUCGGGUGGCAGUGGAGCGCCUGGCGUGGAUGAGGGAGGUGGAUGUUAUGUAUCGUAUGAGGCGCCUCAGUAUCAGGAGUUCUGACUCUGGGGAGGGAGAUGCAGAGGAAGGGAGCAAAGUGGAUCAAGUGGAGGAGCCCCUCCACGCUCCACAGCCCGAUGAUGAAAAAGACCGCGAGAUCACUGAUUCUCAGCCGGUCUCUGAGGAAACGACAGUGCAAGAUAAGGAGGAGCUGUCACUCCCAGGAGCAGGUUAUUUUCUCUACACCGUCAGCUGUUCCGCCUCCUCCCGGUAG